UGGCGGCGCCCAUAGUGACUCGCGAGGCUUCGUUCGUGUAAUGCUUUGGGGAGUGAGGCAGAAGGGAGCUGCAGGCCAGAGCCUGUGAGCAGGUAACCCGCAGCCGGAGGACGAGAGGCAGGCCCUGCUUAGCCCCAGUCGCUAGGAGCAGGAGGUGAAGGGUCUUCCCUCCUGGAGAAUGGCAUCAGCUUGUCAGAGGCUGAGUUUUUAUGCCUCUCUUCUGAAAAGGCAGCUCAUUUGUGGGCCACCUGUCAUCCUGUGGGAAAGAAGAAUAACUCCAGGGUAUGCCAGAAGUAUUUACAGUGCCACAGGGAAGUGGACGAAGGAGUACACCCUGCAGACAAGGAAGGAUGUUGAGAAGUGGUGGCAUCAACAUAUAAAGGAGCAGGCAUCCAGGAUCUCAAAAGAAGACAAAGCAAAGCCCAAAUUCUACGUGCUCUCCAUGUUCCCCUACCCUUCUGGCAAGCUGCACAUGGGCCAUGUACGAGUCUACACCCUCAGUGACACCGUUGCACGGUUCCAGAAAAUGAGAGGCAUGCAGGUUAUCAACCCCAUAGGGUGGGAUGCAUUUGGAUUGCCUGCCGAAAAUGCUGCCAUCGAGAGGAAUUUGCACCCAGAAAGCUGGACUCAGAGCAAUAUUAAAUACAUGAAGAAACAGCUUGACCGUCUUGGCCUGUGCUUCAGCUGGGACAGGGAAAUCACUACCUGUUUGCCAGAUUACUACAAAUGGACUCAAUACCUAUUUAUCAAACUCUAUGAAGCUGGACUGGCCUAUCAAAAAGAGGCCUUGGUUAACUGGGAUCCAGUGGACCAAACAGUGCUGGCCAAUGAGCAGGUGAAUGAAUAUGGCUGUUCAUGGCGUUCUGGAGCCAAGGUGGAGAAGAAAUAUCUCCGACAGUGGUUCAUUAAGACAACUGCAUAUGCAAAGGCCAUGCGGGAUGCCUUGGCAGACCUCCCAGAGUGGUACGGAAUAAAAGGCAUGCAGGCCCACUGGAUUGGGGACUGUGUAGGCUGCCAUCUAGACUUCACAUUAAAGGUUGAUGGACAAGACACAGGAGAGAAACUGACAGCAUAUACAGCCACCCCUGAGGCCAUUUAUGGCAUUUCCCACGUGGCCAUUUCUCCUAACCACCGGCUUCUACAUGGCUGCAGUUCUCUGAAGGAAGCCUUGCAGAAGGCACUAGUCUCUGGCAGAGAUUGCCUCACACCAGUGAUGGCUGUGAACAUGCUCACGCAGCAGGAGGUCCCCAUCGUUAUCAUGGCCAACGCUGACUUAGAAGGUUCUCUAGAUUCGAAAAUAGGAAUCCCCAGCACCAGCUUAGAGGACUCCAGGAUAGCCCAAGCCCUGGGCCUGCCCUACUCUAAAGUCAUUGAAACUUCUCCAGAUGGCACAGAGAGACUGAGUGGAUCUGCUGAGUUCACAGGUAUGACCCGGCAGGACGCCUUCCUAGCCCUGACUCAGAAGGCCCGGGGGAUGAGAGUGGGCGGAGACAUCACGAGUGAUAAACUGAAAGACUGGCUGAUCUCAAGACAGCGCUACUGGGGCACGCCGAUCCCCAUUGUCCACUGCCCCACCUGUGGCCCUGUGCCUGUACCAUUGCAAGACUUGCCUGUGACUUUGCCCAGCAUCACAUCUUUCUCUGGCAAAGGAGGCUCCCCACUGGCCUCAGCUUUGGAGUGGGUGAACUGCCCCUGCCCAAGGUGUAAAGGAUCAGCCAGGAGAGAGACGGACACCAUGGACACCUUUGUGGACUCUGCGUGGUACUACUUCAGAUACACUGACCCCCACAACACUCACAGUCCUUUUAGCUCAGCCCUGGCAGACUUCUGGAUGCCUGUGGAUUUGUACAUCGGGGGAAAAGAGCACGCUGUCAUGCAUUUGUUCUAUGCAAGAUUCUUCAGUCAUUUUUGCCAUGACCAACAGAUGGUAAAGCACAGGGAGCCUUUCCAUAAACUGCUAGCCCAAGGCCUUAUCAAGGGACAGACUUUCCGCCUUCCAUCUGGACUGUGUUUGAAGAAGGAGGAUAUCGACUUCACAGGUCCUGCUCCUGUUUGUGCAAAAACAAAAGAGAAGUUAGAGGUGACAUGGGAGAAGAUGAGCAAGUCCAAACACAAUGGGGUGGACCCCGAAGAGAUUGUGGCUCAGUAUGGAAUUGACACAAUCCGGCUCUACAUCCUCUUCGCAGCCCCUCCUGAGAAGGACAUCUUGUGGGAUGUAAAGACGGAUGCUCUCCCUGGAGUACUGAGAUGGCAGCAGCGGCUGUGGUCUCUGACAACGCGAUUCAUUGAGACCAGGACCUCUGGGUCAGUCCCCCAGCCUCAGCUGCUGAACAACAAGGAGAAAACCAAGGCCCGAAGCCUCUGGGAAUAUAAAAACGCAGUCAUAGCUCAGGUAACCACCCAUUUCACAGAGGACUUUGCGCUGAAUUCUGCAGUUUCUCAGCUGAUGGGACUCAGCAGUGCCCUCUUGCAAGCCUCUGAGAGAGUGGUUCUCCACAGCCCUGAGUUUGAGGAUGCUCUGUGUGCCCUGCUGGUGAUGGCUGCCCCCAUGGCUCCUCACAUAACCUCAGAGCUCUGGGCAGGCCUGGCGCUGGUACCAAGCAAGCUCUGUGACCACUAUGCCUGGGACACUGGUGUGAUGCUGCAGGCCUGGCCCACGGUGGACUCACAGUUCCUUCAGCAGCCUGAUAUGGUUCAGAUGGCCGUUCUGAUCAACAACAAGGCCUAUGGCAAGAUCUCUGUGCCCCAACAAGUUGCCCAGGACCAGGGCAAAGUCCACGAGUUUGUUCUCCAGAGUGAGCUGGGCACCCGGCUGUUGCAGGGGAGAAGCAUCAAGAAGUCCUUCCUCUCCCCUAGGACUGCCCUCAUCAAUUUCCUGGUGCAGGAGUGACCAGGGCCUCAAGGACUCGCCUUCUCUGCCCAGAUCAAGGAAAGGAUGUUAGCUUAGGAGAAGAGAAAAGACAAACAUCUGGGCCAUUGGCCUUGUUCCGGGACAGACUGGAGUCAGCAGGACUGCCACACAGGGUGUGGAACUACCUGAGAUACUGCUGGGUGGGAACAAGGAGAAGGGCAAGGCUGGCAGACAGCUAGGAGCGUCUGCACGCAGCUCUGUGUGUCUCAGGCUCUUCUGAGGAGUCACACAGACUAAAGGGGCCAAGCAGGCUCAGGAGCUGCACAGGAGUCCAGGUGGUGCUGGCUGGACUUUUGACUCCCAGGACAGACACAACCCUUCGAUAUAUGUUCAGGGUCUCACUUGUGGACUGGACGUGGACACUGGCAUCUCUAGAAAUUGUUCUACGUGUCUCCAGCACUUUUCACGUAGGUGUCGCAUAGGUCUCUUCCCCUCCAGCCAGGUGGCCUCUUCUGAGUCUGAGGUCCAUGCUCUGGGAUAGGGUUUCACUUUACUUCUGAACCGGAACAGAAGGACCGUAUCAUUGUCCCUGUUUCCGUGUGUGGAGUGUGCUCUGUGGUGAGCAAAACUGUGUUCUGAGCUGCUGAUCCCUGCCAGGGCCCCAUCACAGCCCAGCAGGGGUUUGAACCCCAGAUGACUCACAUGGGCCUCAGAUAGUGAUGCCAUCAGUUUGGCCCCCAGAAUGUCACUAGCAAGAGCAAGUUCACCAGAGAGGAGUUGUUGCGUCCUGGGUGUCACCUCCUGUGUCCAAGCUGCUCUGAUUUAGCUGUUUAGGAGAUGGCCAGGAGUGGAGCCAGCUCACCAGUAAAUUAGACAAAACUGAUUGUUAUGAGAGUCAUUCAUAAAGUGCUCUUAUAGACGCGGUCUGAGCAAGGGCUCGAUGCCUAGUCAUGGGGAGAAGAGAAGAACUUAGCCUUUUCAGGAUGCAGAAGCUCAGUGUCUACAAUCCAGUGCUACCCAGAGGUGGCUAUCAUUGUCUCCUACCAUUCAGAUGACUUUUAGUGUCAUAAGUGUAUGUCACUGUGAGACAUAUCUGUGAUCUCGGAACAGCCCUGUAUUCCAGAUCUAAGGGUUCAUCCAGAACAGACCAGUGUCCGCCACCAUUCCAGGCCCUGGUUCUGUGCCGCCUCCCUGGAAUGCCUAUGGUCUGUCACCUUGACCUCCAUCUAGGCCGGGCUCAUCCAGGCCCAUGAGCAAGAGAGGCUCAUGCACAGGAUCUUGAGCUUGACACUGUGCCGGUUGUCCAUGCCUAGAAAUUGUAGUUUAAUUGUAGCCAUCAUAAGGGAUUUAGAAUUUUUUACAAGUGAGUCUGCUGAGGGUAUAGCUCAGGGGUAGAGUGUGAGCCUAGCAUGGCCAGGCCCUAGGUUCCAUCUCCAACACAAAAAAGCAAAGCAGCUCUACCAGAGGAACUGUGGCAGCACACCUGUGAUCCCAGCAUGGGAGAGGCAGAAGGACCAUGGGUUUGACGCUAUCUUUAGCUACAUUAGACUCUGCCGCAAAGAAAAACUACCAAUGAUCCUACCACCAAAGUUUGAGAACACUGGAUUAAUGAAUGUUUCUGAGCCAUAUUUUCUACCCAGUCCUUUCUCCUUCAUUUUUUCAUCUUACCCGGGAUGAGUUUGGCCCAGUACUGCUAGGAGGUAAAGGUGGGAGAGAUUUGGACCAGAGAGGAAGGCAGAGCCUCAAUUCUGGAGAGUUAUGUUAAGAGGAUCCCCAAGCUGACACAGGUGACUGUCCCAUGACACACAGGAGUACGUGAAGAUAGGGUGAGGGCUUUGGUUGUUUUGUAUUCUCCAGGAAUGAGCUCGGUGGCCUUGAUGAACUAGGGGUAGGCUGUCCUUCAGUUGGGCGUUCUCUGCCCUAAGCACUGGGCCAGUAAAGUCUGUAGCCUUCUGGACCGACACACUGGGCGUUGGAGAACAUUCUCUCCAAGAAGAUGAAACUUGAAAACAUGAACUCAUUGGUACUUCCUAGGGGACGGUAGAUAUGAUGGAACAAUUGGGCAGAAAAUUGUUCCCUGUGGGUGAGUGCUUGGGGUGUGGUGUGAUCUGAGUCAGAAACUCAUUAUCUCAGAUUCUACAGAGCCCUAGAGGGUAGGAAUUAUUCUCAUGAAGAUGAAACAAAACAGAACAAAAACACAGCAAGCUGAGAAACUUAGUAAUUUGCCUAGGUUUCAAAGCUAAUACACAGAAGAGGCAGGGUGUAAACUCACAUCUGGCUUCUUCAUGCUAUCCUGCUGUGUCACCGGGCCCUCACCUAAACGCCUGUCUUGAUUGAUGCAUGACAACAUGAUAAAUGUCAGCCUUCCCAGCAGUCUGGCAGGGUCCCCUCAAGGGAAACUAGUCAGUCUCAAAGUCUGGGAAAACACUGUAGUGGUGCCUACUCUGUCGGGGCACGUGGUUGGCUGGUGAGAAGCCAAGAGCCUGGCUUGGUCCUGUAGGUCUAACAUAAAGGCUUCUAGCUCCUGGGAGAUUCGGGCUCCAAGUGGGUGAAGGCUAUUUCUCUGGAGAAGUCAGUAAAGAGAAUUUGUGAACAAGAAAAAAAUGGUGCCCUACAUGGAUGCUACCAGAGUGGGCAUCUGCCAAAGAAAGGGAAACUGAUUCCCAAGACCAGAACACUGAGGUGGGUCCGUUGCCCAGGCAUUCCUCACCCAGCAAGAAUACAUUCCUUCAGAGAACAGUCCUUACAAAUAUGAGCGUCCAGUCAGUGGAAGAGAAGGCAGUCAGCUAAAGACAGGGUCUUAAAUUGUGACAUGGAAUUUUCUCACAACUAAAAGUAAGAUACCCUAGACAAUGUGAUCCUGACCUUUUGAUUCAGCCUAACUCUGGCCCAAGUUGUCCUGGAACUGACAGAUCUUCCUUCCUGUGUCAUCCUCCUGAGUACUGGGAUUUCGGCACGCAUCACCAUAAUUUUAGAUUUUUUAUUUGUGUAUAUGUGUGUGUGCCAUCUUGUGUGUGUGUGUGUAUACCGUAUACAUGCAGGUGGCUUCAGAAGCCAGAAGAGGACAUUGGACCCCCUGGAACUGGAGUUACAGGAGGUGUGGGCCACCUUAUGUGGGUGCUGGGAAGUGAGCCCGAGUCCACUACAAGAGCAGCAAGUUCUUUUAAGUACUGAGCUAUCUCUCCAGCCCCCAAAUCAUUUGAUGAAGGUCUUUCCUUCUGUUUAUGAUUUUGUAUUUUCUUAUAUUUUUGGCCAUCAAGUAUUUCAA